AAUGCCGUUCUCCAAGGGCUAUAAGUUUUGUUGUCAUCAGUACGAGCAAAAGGUUGAUCAAUAGCAAUGGCUCAUCUCCUGUUCUUGCCCAUCCUGCAACUCUUGCUACUAUACUGCACGAAAUCUGCCCAAGCUCAGCUAAACAUCAGUAUAGGCUCCUCUUUGACACCCCAGGGGGUAAACAACUCAUGGAUCUCGCCCUCUGCUGAUUUUGCAUUCGGUUUUCUGGCGGUAGAUGGAAACUCCUCCUCUUACCUGCUCGCCGUCUGGUUCAACAAGAUCGCUGACAAGACCGUCGUCUGGUACGCAAGGACUAGCUCCAAUGGGAAAGAUGAUACAAUACCGGUACAAGUCCAAUCUGGCUCUGUCCUCAAGCUCGCUGAUGGAGCACUCUCUCUUCGCGAUCCAUCUGGCAAUGAGGUAUGGAAUCCACAAGUCACUGAUGUGGGCUAUGCUAGAAUGCUCGACACCGGGAAUUUCAGGCUUUUAGGCACCGAUGGCGCAACAAAGUGGGAGUCCUUUGGUGACCCUUCUGAUACCAUCCUACCCACACAAGUGCUUUCACUGGGGACGGCACUCCACAGCCGUCUCCUCGCCACAGACUAUUCCAAUGGCCGAUUUCAACUAAAAGUUCAACGAGAUGGUAAUCUUGUUAUGUAUCCAGAUGCUGUACCUUCUGGAUACUUAUACGAUCCAUAUUGGGCUAGUAACACAGUGGACAAUGGCUCACAGCUAGUGUUCAAUGAAACUGGAAGGAUAUACUUCACUAUAAUUAAUGGUUCACAGGUAAAUAUCACUUCUGCAGGGGUGGACUCUAUGGGUGAUUUCUUCCAUCGUGCUACCCUUGACACAGAUGGUGUGUUCCGGCAAUAUGUUUACCCAAAAAACAUACAUGCCAGGCCCUUAUGGCCAGAGCAAUGGACUGCAGUCGAUGUACUUCCAGAAAACAUCUGCCAGUCAAUACAAACAAUGGUGGGUAGUGGAGCAUGCGGCUUUAACAGUUACUGCACCAUUGAUGGCACCAAGAACACGACAAGUUGUUUAUGCCCACAGAAUUAUAAGUUCAUCGAUGAUAAAAGGAAAUACAAAGGCUGCAGGCCAGAUUUUGAGCCACAAAACUGUGAUCUGGAUGAGACGACAGCAAUGUUGCAGUAUGACAUGGCACCAAUCGAUCGCGUUGAUUGGCCUCUAUCUGACUAUGAGCAAUACAAUCCCAUAGAUCAGACCGAAUGCCGAAGGCUGUGUGUGACUGAUUGUUUCUGUGCCGUAGCUGUGUUCGAUAAAGCUUCAAGCACUUGUUGGAAGAAAAGGUUCCCUUUGUCGAACGGUAAAAUGGAUGUCAAUGUACCGAGGACAGUUCUUAUUAAGGUGCCUAGGAGCACCAAUUCACCAUCCGUGUUCAGCAGCGGCUCAAGCAAAUGGAAGGAGGACAAAAAGUAUUGGAUUCUUGGGAGUUCAUUACUUUUUGGAAGCUCUGUAUUGGUGAACUUUCUCCUAAUCUCUGUUAUGCUUUUUGGUACUUAUUGUAGUAUCACCUCGAGGAAGAAAACCCAGUUAUCGCAACCGUCCAAUAACUCUGGAUUACCUCCAAAGAUUUUCACUUACAGCGAGCUGGAAAAGGCAACCGGUGGUUUCCAAGAAGUACUUGGCACAGGAGCCUCUGGUGUUGUCUACAAAGGACAGCUGCAAGAUGAGUUUGGGACUAACAUCGCGGUCAAGAAAAUCGAAAAGCUUCAGCAGGAAGCACAAAAGGAGUUCUUGGUGGAAGUCCAAACCAUUGGGCAGACAUUUCACAGGAACUUAGUUAGACUGCUUGGUUUUUGCAACGAGGGAACUGAAAGGCUGUUAGUGUAUGAGUUCAUGAGCAAUGGAUCACUCAAUACAUUCCUCUUCAGCGAUACCCAUCCACAUUGGAGCCUCCGUGUUCAAGUCGCACUUGGGGUGGCACGAGGACUGCUCUACCUACAUGAGGAGUGUAAUAAACAAAUCAUCCACUGCGAUAUGAAACCACAGAAUAUCCUUCUCGAUGAUAAUUUUGUAGCAAAGAUUUCAGAUUUUGGCCUAGCAAAGCUUCUUCCGGUGAAUCAGACACAAACAAACACCGGCAUUCGGGGUACUCGAGGAUAUGUUGCACCUGAGUGGUUCAAGAACAUAGGGAUUACUUCUAAGGUCGACGUUUAUAGCUUUGGGGUGAUUUUGCUUGAGCUUGUGUGCUGCAGGAAGAAUGUGGAAUUAGAAGUCCUAGAUGAAGAGCAGACAAUACUAACUUAUUGGGCAAAUGAUUGCUACAAGUGUGGGAGGAUUGACUUGCUGGUAGCGGGCGAUGACGAGGCAAUCUUCAACAUAAAAAAGGUGGAGCGCUUCGUUGCUGUGGCACUGUGGUGCCUCCAGGAGGAGCCAUCGAUGCGGCCAACCAUGCUUAAGGUGACACAAAUGCUUGAUGGAGCAGUACAAAUACCAACGCCUCCUGAUCCUUCCUCCUAUAUCAGUUCACUUGCAUGAAAACAGUCUUCCUGUUAAUAAAUAGAUUGUAGUUUGAAGCAAGAGCAUGCUUUAGACUGAUUCCUCAAUAAGGCAUUGUGUUCGGGCACUGAUGCUUACCUACAAUAAGUAGCUUACAUAUCUAUGAAAGAUGCAGAUAGAUGCAUGUCACUAUGUGUAUCACUGACUAUGAACCUGUCGGAUUAAAACAUUUUCUUAUAUAGAAAGAGAUGAUAUUAGAUAUUCUUGACCAUGAACUUAUUUCAUCUCUUCUACAACUAUAUGGUUUCUGCAAUUGGAAUAAAAAAAAGCUAUAUGGUUUCUUGAAA